AUGCCCGAGAAUAAACAUCUUAUUAAGCCGUAUACAUACCUGCCCUUCGGGGGCGGCCCUCGUAAUUGUGUUGGGAUGCGAUUAGGGUUAUUACAAAUCAAGAUAUGUUUGGCUCAUAUGGUGUUGAAGUAUCAGUUCGUCAGGACUCCCAAAACGGACGUCCCGUUGCAAUACCAACGGUCUAUUCAAAUGAUUUAUCCCAAGCGAUCUUUUGCGGACACGCUUUAA